AAACGCAAGAUGAUCCUCACAAAUUGCGCCGCCUGCGCCGCCCCACUGGCCCACAACGCGCCGCGUUGCGUUAGAUGUAAAUUGAGGUACUGCAACGCCACUUGCCAACAUGACCACUGGCGCCGCGGCCACAAGCAGAUGUGCAAGAAAAUACACCGCGGCGGCAACGCGGAGCAAUAUCACGCCGACAAAAAAUACAAGGAGGCCGUCGCGGUCGCGGUCGAGGCGUGCGCCGACGACACGAAGGGCCAGACGUGCUACAUCUGCACGGAGGCCGUCCACUCGCGCACGGGAGAAGGCCUCGUGCGCGGAUGCGCGUGUGGAGAUCGCGACGGCGUCGCUUCCGGAACGACGGGCAUCGCGCACGUGUCGUGUCUGGCGGAGCAGGCGAAGAUUUCGGUCGCGGAGGCCGAACUGAAUAAUUUGGACUGGGAUGCAUUUAAUAGGAGGUGGAGGUGGUGGUCUGACUGUAGCUUGUGCGAGCAAAGGUACCACGGGUAUGUGGCGUGCGCGCUCGGGUGGGCGUGCUGGAAGACGUACGUCGGGCGGCCGGAGACGGACCAGCUUCGGAGCGCCGCGAUGACGCAGCUUGCGAACGGUUUAGCCGCGGUAGACCUGCACACGGACGCGUUGGCCGUGGAAGAGGCCGUGUUGUCUCUGGAGCGGCGCUGUGGCGGAUCAGAACCUAGCAUUCUCUCCGUGCAGAGUAAUCUUGCGGUCACGUAUCGACGGCUUGGGCGACUUGAAGAGGCACAUCGGACAGAGCGAGACGUAUACUCUGGCUGGGUGAGGCUCCAUGGAGAAGACCAUGAACUAACCCUCCAAGCAGCUGGCAACUACGCGACGUCCCUUUCUGAGCUACAGCGCUUCGAAGAAGCCAGGUCAUUGAUGCGCAAAUCGAUCCCUGUGGCGCGGCGUGCUCUCGGAGAGAGUAAUGAAAUCACGCUGAAGAUGAGGUGGACUUACGCGGAUACGCUCCACGAGGACCCCGGCGCGACGCUCGACGAACUCCGCGAGGCCGUGACGACGCUCGAGGACACGGCAUCGACCGCACGGCGUGUGCUCGGUGGCGCGCACCCGCUCACAGCGUCAUUUGAGGAAUCCCUGCGAGACGCGCGAGCGGCGCUCCGCGCCCGCGAGACGCCGCCGACGGAUGCCCGGGAGGAUGGGGACCUGGAUGAAGUAGAGGACGCGUAA